GAGCUCAUUCUGAACAUGUUGAACCAGAGGAUACCCACAGGAAAUGGAGAAAUAGACGAGUGUGCCCAACGGCUAGAUGACUGCCAUGCCGAGGCCCUGUGCCAGAACACACCCACCUCCUACAAGUGCUCUUGCAAGCCUGGCUACCAAGGGGAGGGCAGGCAAUGCGAGGACAUCGAUGAAUGUGAAAAUGAACUCAAUGGCGGCUGUGUCCAUGACUGUCUGAAUAUACCAGGCAAUUAUCGCUGCACUUGUUUCGAUGGCUUCAUGUUGGCUCAUGAUGGUCAUAAUUGUCUUGAUGUGGACGAGUGCCUGCAGAACAAUGGCGGCUGCCAGCACACCUGUGUCAACGUCCUGGGGAGCUACGGGUGCCUCUGCAGGGAGGGUUUUCUCCUGAGUGACAAUCAGCACACGUGUAUUCACCUCUCGGAAGAGGGCCUGAGUUGCAUGAAUAAGGAUCACGGCUGUAGUCACAUCUGCAAGGAGGCCCCGAGGGGCAGCGUUGCCUGCGAGUGUAGACCUGGUUUUGAGCUGGCCAAGAACCAGAGAGACUGCAUCUUGACCUGUAACCAUGGGAACGGUGGGUGCCAGCACUCCUGUGAAGACACAGCUGAAGGCCCAGAGUGUAGCUGCCACCCACAGUACAAGUUGCACCCGGAUGGGAGGAGCUGUCUUGAGCAAGAGGACACUGCCCUAGAGGUGACAGAGAGCAAUGCCACAUCAGUGGCAGAUGGGGAUAAACGGGUGAAACGGAGGCUACUCAUGGAAACGUGUGCUGUGAACAAUGGGGGUUGUGACCGCACCUGUAAGGACACCUCGACGGGUGUUCACUGCAGCUGUCCGGUCGGGUUCACUCUCCAGCUGGACGGAAAGACGUGUAAAGAUAUCGAUGAGUGCCAGACCCGAAAUGGAGGUUGCGAUCACUUCUGCAAAAACACCGUGGGCAGUUUUGACUGCAGCUGCAAAAAAGGAUUCAAAUUAUUAACUGAUGAGAAGUCUUGCCAAGAUGUGGACGAGUGCUCUUUGGAUAGGACCUGUGACCACAGCUGCCUCAACCACCCUGGCACAUUCGCUUGUGCUUGUGACGCAGGUUAUACCCUCUAUGGCUUCACCCACUGUGGAGACACCAACGAGUGCAGUGACAACAAUGGCGGCUGUCAGCAGGUCUGUGUGAACACAGUGGGCAGCUAUGAGUGCCAGUGCCAUCCUGGGUAUAAGCUCCACUGGAACAAAAAGGACUGUGUGGAAGUGAAAGGGUUCCCGCCCACUCGUGUGCUGUCCUACGCGUCCCUGCUUUGCAGUAAGAGUGGUGGAGGAGACAGGUGCCUCCUAAGAUGUCACGCUGGCGUCCGUCUCUCUUCAGGACUGCAAGAGGCCUACUCUGUCACCUGCGGCUCUUCUUCUCUAAGGAGCAAACAGCACAAAUCCAAUGACUCUGCUUUUGGGGAUGUCGCCACCAUCAGGACAAGUGUAACCUUUAAGCUAAAUGAAGGCAAGUGUAGUUUGAAAAAGUCUGAGCCGUUUCCCGAGGGUCUUCGAUCAGCACUACCAGAGAAGCACAGCUCAGUAAAAGAGAGCUUCCUCUACGCAAACCUUACAUGCAGCUCCGGCAAGCAAGUCCCUGGAGCCCCUGGCCGACCAAGCGCCCACAAGGAAAUGUUUCUCACUGUUGAGUUUGAGCGUGAAACUUACCAAAAGGAGGUGACAGCGUCAUGUGAUCUGAGUUGCAUCUCAAAGCGCACGGAGAAGCGGCUUCGGAAGGCGCUUCGCACGCUCAGGAAGGCGGCCCACAGGGAGCAGUUCCACCUUCAGCUCUCUGGCAUGGACCUCGAUGUGGCUAAGAAGUCUCCCAGGGCAUCCGAGCAGCGGGCAGAGGCCUGUGGAGUGGGCCAGGGGCAUGUAGAAAACCAGUGUGUUAGUUGCAAGGCUGGGACAUAUUAUGAUGGAGCACAAGAACGCUGCAUUUUAUGUCCAAAUGGAACCUUCCAGAAUGAGGAAGGACAAGUCGCUUGUGAUCCAUGCCCAAGACCAGAAAAUCUUGGGACCCUGAAGACCUCAGACACUUGGAAUGUGUCUCUAUGUGGAGGUCUGUGCCAACCUGGUGAAUAUUCUGCGGAUGGCUUUGCACCUUGCCAGCUCUGCGCCCUGGGCACAUUCCAGCCGGAAGCGGGCCGUACUUCCUGCUUCCCUUGUGGAGGGGGCCUUCCCACCAGACAUCUGGGAGCUACUUCCUUCCAGGAUUGUGAAACCAGAGUUCAGUGUUCUCCUGGACAUUUCUACAACACCACCACUCAUCGGUGUAUCCGCUGCCCAGCGGGGACAUACCAGCCUGAAUUUGGAAAAAACAACUGUGUUUCCUGCCCGGGAAAUACUACGACUGACUUUGAUGGUUCCACAAACAUAACCCAGUGUAAAAGCAGAAGAUGUGGAGGGGAACUGGGUGAUUUCACAGGAUAUAUCGAAUCCCCAAACUACCCAGGCAACUACCCAGCCAACACGGAGUGCACAUGGACCAUCAACCCACCCCCUAAGCGCCGCAUCUUGAUUGUGGUCCCUGAGAUCUUCCUGCCCAUAGAAGACGACUGUGGAGACUACCUGGUGAUGCGGAAAACUUCUUCCUCCAAUUCUGUGACGACGUAUGAAACCUGCCAGACCUACGAACGGCCCAUCGCCUUCACCUCCAGGUCAAAGAAGCUGUGGAUUCAGUUUAAGUCCAACGAAGGGAACAGCGCCAGAGGGUUCCAGGUCCCGUAUGUGACGUAUGACGAAGAUUACCAGGAACUCAUUGAAGACAUAGUUCGAGAUGGCAGGCUCUAUGCAUCUGAGAACCACCAGGAAAUACUGAAGGAUAAGAAACUGAUCAAGGCUCUGUUUGAUGUCCUGGCCCACCCCCAGAACUACUUCAAGUACACAGCCCAGGAGUCCCGAGAGAUGUUUCCAAGAUCCUUCAUUCGGUUGCUACGCUCCAAAGUGUCCAGGUUUUUGAGGCCUUACAAAUAAAUGACUCUGCCCACGUGCCACUCAGGGCAGAUGUUCUGCUGUGGGCCUGGUGGGACUGAGCUGUCUGCCUUCUGCAUGCCAGUGUGCAGCACGUCGCUGUCUCCAGUAUGGGUGACUCGUUAGAGUUCAAUUUUUAUAGAUAAUACAGCUAUUUUGGUAAACUGAACUUGGUUUUUCUUUCCCACCAUUAUGGAGUGGACUGAGCCAGCUUCUCAUUGCUGAGGGCAGAUUUGGAAGCAGGGAGGGCUGCUGAACUGGACUUCAGACAGCGCAGGUGAGACUCACCUGUCCUUCUGGCUUCCCGCUCCUCUUCCAGGACUCCGUGGCGGAGAGGAGGCCACAGAAGGAGCUGCUUUGUCUGAAGCUUCAGCUUCUUCCAGCCAUGCACAGGCUCUGACUGGGCAGGACAGGCUAGGAGGGAUGCAGGGAGCCCUGCAGGGCCACCCAUCUACACUGGGACCUGGCGGGCCUUCCCCAGACUGUGUGGUAUGUGGGAUCCCAGAAGUUUGCAUUCUAAAGAGCCAUCAUUUUUUUAAAAAUACUGAAAACAGAAAGAAUACAAUAAAAACCUAGGCUUUUCUGCCGAUGUGAGAGUGCACCUGCUGCCUGCCUUCCUAGCUGCCAGUGGCACCCUGCAGCCAAGGCACAGAGCUGGUGUUUGAUCCUUCAGACACUGCUCUGCAUUUGGGCAUGGAGCUUGGGUUGGACAUGACCUCAAGGGGCCUGAGAUUCAGCCACCAUCACAAGGAGAUUUCACCAACCCCAAGUCAGUACUGCCAGGUGCCCUGUUUCUGCCAGGGGCUCCACACCAAAGGGGUCCGAGGUCCAUCCAGAUGAUGCCAGCUGGUCUCUGUGCCUUCCUCCCCCACACUCUAAGGGCAGAGUGGUCUCUGCUCCGAGGACUGGCUGAGGAAGUGGCCGUGACCCUGGCUGAAGCAGCUGUGUACUGGCCUCCCCGUGCCACUUUACUUUGGUUAGCACAGGGUACCUCACAGUUUCUCCCACAGGAACUGGAGUUUCCAAUAGUAUUGAGUUUUCCAACAUGCAAAUCCCUGGGCAAAAUCUUAUCACGGUGGAUUGAAAAAGAUUCCUAUCACCAAGCUGCCCUUUCCCUCAGGGAAGGACUGACCACACAGCCAAGGUGUCUUGUGAUUUCCGUGUCAAUUCACACAAUCAAUUCUACACCAAAGUACUAAAAAAAAAAAAAAA